UGGCCUUUCUUUUUCUACUUCUUGACUUCAAACAGGAAGAUUUUUGAGUGACCUAAAUAGACUGAUGUUUUCUUUAUUUUUUCUGUUUCUUUCAUGAUCAAAGGGUUUUUAUUCAGUUUUUUUCUGAAUUGCUUAAAUGGGUAAGACAAUUCAAGUAUAUGGAUUCCCUUCGAGUGUGACUGCAGAAGCAGUCAAGCAAUUUCUUGAAGGAUAUACUGGUAAAGAUACUGUUUAUGCAAUCAAGGUUAGAGAUACAAAAACUGAGGGUACAAGAAAAUAUGCUAUUGUUCAGUUUUCAACUGUCAAAAAUGCUGAACAUAUACUUACAUUGACCAAAACCCGCCUUUGGUAUGGCGCUUCGUAUCUGAAUGCUCGAACGAUGAAUAAUGAUAUUGUACCAAAGCCCCGGUCCUUCCUUUGUAGCAUGGAACAUGUAACCUUGAACUUUGGUUGUCAGAUUUCGAAAGAAAGGUUUUCGACUCUUUGGAAAAAGGAAGAUGUUUCCGUGAAAUUCGCUUUUGGAUUAAGAAAGAUACACUUUUUUCUUUCUCAUCGGCGAGUGAGCUACAAGUUAGACCUUUCCUAUGAAAACAUUUGGCAGAUUGAGCUACAUCGCCCACCUUCUCAAUCCGUAAAAUAUCUUGUGAUUCAGUUGUAUGGAGCACCUCGGAUAUUUGAGAAGGAUGUACGAACAAUUUGCAAUGUUUUUGAUAGUCCUCUUUUCAACUAUUUCAUGGAUGACCCUGAUGAUCAAUGGGUACGAACAACUGACUUUACUCCAUCAUGUCUUAUUGGGCAUUCAUCAGCAUUAUGUUUGGAGCUCCCUUUUAAUCUUCAAGUUCCAAAAUUUGAGGAGAAUUUUGGGUUUUAUAAAGAAGUUGAAGGAAGUUUUUUAUUGGAAUAUGGUUAUGCUUUUUCCAGUAAUCAAGAUCUGGUUCCCAUUGUUGGUCCUCCCUCAGGUGUUGUUUUACCUUUUGAGAUCUUAUUUCAAAUUAAUUUGUUGGUCCAGAAUGGGUGUCUUGUUGGAGUGGCACUUGAUGCGAGCUUUUACAAGUUUGUUGACCCAAGUAGAAUAGACAUUGCUUUUGUAGAGCAGGCCCUUGAAAAACUCUUUUACAUGAAAGAAUGUUGUUAUGAUCCUUGUAGCUGGAUGAAAGAGCAAUAUUUGAAGUAUCGUACUGAAAAGGGUACUCCAAGAUCGCCUUAUAUAUCCUUGGAUACUGGUUUAGUAUAUGUGCGAAGGGUUCAGAUAACACCAUGCAAAGUGUAUUUUUGUGGUCCAGAGGUUAAUGUCUCCAAUCGAGUGUUACGCCAUUACCCGGAAGAAGUUAACAAUUUUCUGCGUGUGUCUUUUCUUGAUGAGGAAUUAGAUAAGAUGUAUUCAACAGAUUUAGCUCCUCGGACUUCUUCUGGAAAUGAGAAUAAGAGAACUGCUAUUUACAAAAGGGUUCUUUCCGUUCUUCAAAAUGGAAUACAUAUAGGCAACAAAAAGUUUGAGUUCCUUGCCUUUUCAUCUAGUCAAUUGCGUGAAAAUUCUUGCUGGAUGUUUGCUUCUCGAUAUGGUCUUACUGCUGCGGAUAUAAGAGAAUGGAUGGGCAACUUUCGUGAGAUUCGAAAUGUGGCUAAAUAUGCUGCCAGACUGGGUCAGUCCUUUGGAUCAUCCACUGAAACGCUGAAUGUUAGUAGGGAUGAAUUUGAAGUCAUAGCUGAUAUAGAAGUUGAAAGGGGUGGAAUCAAAUACUUGUUUUCUGAUGGAAUUGGAAAAAUAUCUGGCCCAUUUGCUAGGAAAGUGGCCUUAAAAUGUAGCUGCAAAGGCUCUCCAUCUGCAUUCCAAAUUCGGUAUGCUGGGUAUAAAGGUGUUGUGGCAGUUGAUCCAAAUUCAACCAAAAAAUUAUCAUUGAGGAAAAGCAUGUGCAAAUAUGAGUCCGGCAACACAAAAUUGGAUGUUUUGGCAUAUAGCAAGUAUCAGCCUUGUUUUCUGAAUCGCCAGUUGAUCACACUUCUCUCUACGCUUGGUGUUCCAGAUCGUAAUAUUGAGAAGAAACAAAGAGAAGCUGUUGAGCAACUUGAUGCUAUGUUAACCGACCCAUUAAGGGCACAAGAGGCACUGGAUUUGAUGUUUCCUGGAGAGACUACUAACGUUCUUAAGGAAAUGCUUUCAUGUGGUUACCAGCCUGAUGCUGAACCCUUCCUGUCAAUGAUGCUCCAAACAUUCCGUGCAUCAAAAUUGCUUGAUUUGCGAACAAGAACUAGGAUCUUUCUUCCAAAUGGAAGAUCCAUGAUGGGAUGUCUAGAUGAGACCAGGACCUUGGAUUACGGGCAGGUAUUUGUGCAAUAUUCUGGUAGUAGACCAAAUCAGCUAAAUAUGUGUAAGGGAAAAGUGGUUGUAGCUAAAAAUCCAUGCUUGCACCCGGGGGAUGUUCGCAUUUUGACGGCUGUAAAUGUACCGGCUUUGAGCCAUAUGGUAGAUUGUGUUGUUUUUCCGCAGAAAGGACCGAGACCUCAUCCCAAUGAAUGUUCGGGAAGUGAUUUGGAUGGAGAUAUCUACUUUGUCUGUUGGGACCCUGACUUAAUUCCAUGUCGCCAAAUCCCGCCUAUGGACUAUACGCCAGAGCCAACUGUGCAGCUGGAUCAUGAUGUUACAAUUGAGGAGGUUGAGGAGUAUUUUACCAACUACAUUGUAAAUGACAGCUUGGGAAUCAUUGCUAAUGCUCACACUGCAAUUGCUGAUAGGGAGCCUCUGAAAGCAAUGAGUGAGCCGUGUCUCGAACUUGCCAAGAAAUUCUCAAUUGCAGUGGAUUUUCCGAAAACUGGAGUACCAGCUGAAAUACCUUCUAACUUACGUGUUAAGGAAUAUCCCGACUUUAUGGAAAAGCCUGAUAAACCUACCUAUGAGUCUAAGAAUGUGAUUGGAAGGCUAUUCCGCGAAGUGAGAGACAUUGCUCCUCAUACAAACCAUAUCAAGACAUUUACCAGGGAAGUAGCGAGGCAGUGUUAUGAUCCCGAGAUGGAAGCUGAUGGCUUUGAGGAUUACAUAGAUGAUGCCUUCUAUUACAAGAACAAUUAUGAUUACAAGCUCGGAAAUCUUAUGGACUAUUAUGGCAUCAGAACUGAAGCAGAAAUUCUCAGUGGAAAUAUAAUGAAAAUGUCGAAAGCUUUCACCAAGAGAAGGGACGCAGAUGCAAUUGGUACAGCAAUAAGAUCCCUGCGAAAAGAAGCUAGGUCCUUAUUCAAUGAAAAGGGAAGCUUGAUAGACACCGAAGCUGAUGAUGUAUACGCCAAAGCCUCAGCUUGGUAUUAUGUUACUUAUCAUCCAAAUUACUGGGGUAGUUACAACGAGGGGAUGAAGCGCGAUCAUUUUCUUAGCUUUCCGUGGUGUGUUUAUGACAAGCUGAUGCAGAUCAAAAGGAGCAAAGCAAAUAUGCGAAAACGAUCGUCAUCUUUGCAACGCCAGUUUCGGUUUGGACUUCAGUUGAACAAUUGAUAGCAGUAUGCUUAUAAGUUUGUAAAGUGCACUUAAGUUUGCUAGGGAGUCAUCAAUGGUUUUUUUUUGUUUUGUUUGCAAAUUUCUGAUAAGCCAUAUUAAAUCAAGAACUGAUCAAGGAUCAAGUUCUUUCAUGUGGCUUAUAGAUUGCCUAUUUAUGAGGGAAUUUUGUAUAUAUAUGGUUAAAUAACAGUUAAAUGGCAGGAUUAUGAUUUUUAGUAAA